UAAUUUUAAAUAUAUUUGCUGCUUCAGAGGUAUUUAUAAUAAUAUUCGCCUUGAUAACUAAAUUGAUAUAUUUUAAUUGGAGUUUUUGAAAGUAAACAAAUAUUGAACGUGUAUUUAUGUUGAAACGUACUGUGGCUCCAAGCACUACUACUGAAACUACUGAAAGUUGGUUAUCAAAAUAAAUAAGAUAACAAUGAAGGAAACGAAAAAGAAUCCAAAAACUAAACAACUAAAAAAAUACCUCUGCUGUGCGGUGUUCACUUUGGCAAUACUACUGCCAAUUAUAUUGUACAAAAUAGCAUUGGCUCCGCCGCCCUUUGAUCCGAUGGCACCGUGUAUAUUCUGCCAGAUCGCUAGCCAUACCAAGGGAGCUGAAAUUGAGGUGGAAACGGAUGAAUAUGUGAUAUUUAAAGACAUAAAACCAGCCUCGACACAUCAUUAUUUGGCCGUGCCCAAACGACAUGUAGAGAGUCUAAAGACCAUGACAAAAGAUGAUAUACCCUUGGUCAAUGACCUGGAAAAGGCCAUGAAAGAAUUUUUCAUAUCAAAAGGCAUUGAUAUGGAAGAUGCUUUGUUUGGUUUUCACAUGCCGCCCUGUAUCAGUGUCCAUCAUCUGCAUUUACAUGGCAUUGCCCCGCGUUCGGCUAUGGGCUUUAUGAAUAGCUUUGUUUUUAAGCCACAUACACCUUGGUUUAAAUUGGUUGAAGAUGCCAGAAAAUAUUUAGAAAAUAAAUAGAGACAUCUUUUUUUUUAACGGCAACAGGAUGGAUACUCAUCAUAAGCUUCACAUGAAACCAACUAAAACCUCAUGACGUUUCCUGAUUAUAAUUUCGUAUUAUUUAGUUAAUUCGUUUUGGUGAUAGUGUAUGACUUUUGUAGCUGUGAAUUGAUAAAAAUACGCUUUUUUGUUUAUAUAGGUUUAUAUAUAGCUUUGUAAUUG